CUGAUGCUGAUGCUGGGGGACCCGCACAGUGAUGGAGCGGCGACGACGCUGAAAAGGAUGCAAUAAACACCCUUGUCGAUCCGUGAAGGGGCUUUUCUUACAGACUCUGUGUUACAGAACCUCGGGAGAUGUAUGGCAGUGCGCGCGCCGUCAGCCACAUCGAGGGCAGCCCUGCUCGCUCCCCACGGCUGCCCCGCUCUCCUCGGUUGGGCCACCGUCGAGCCAACAGUGGCAGUUCGGGCAGCAAGACCUUAUCCAUGGAGAACAUCCAGUCCCUCAAUGCUGCCUACGCAACAUCUGGCCCAAUGUACUUGAGCGACCAUGAAGGCGUCGGAUCCACGGCUACUUACCCUAAAGGUACCCUGACGCUCGGUCGGGCCACGAGUCGAGCGAUGUAUGGCGGUCGGGUUACGGCCAUGGGCAGCACCCCUAAUAUCGCAAUGGUGGGACACCCGCACGCCGACCUGCUGUCUUAUGGAGAUCUGGGCUCACUGUCUAUGCUCCACCACCAGGGGACGCCGUCGGCCCUGCUGCGACAGGCGGUUAGGGGCAGUGGAGGUGAACUUUUGGAGCUCCAAGCGCAGAUGCGGGACAUGCAGAGGGAAAACGAGCUACUACGGAGGGAGCUGGACCUGAAGGACAGCAAGCUGGGCUCUUCCACCAAUAGCAUCAAGAGCUUCUGGAGCCCCGAGCUGAAGAAAGAACGCGUGAUGAGGAAAGAGGAGGCAGCUCGCACGUCAAUUCUCAAAGAACAGAUGCGAGUGACCCACGAGGAGAAUCAGCACCUGUUGGACGCCAGGAGAACAAAGCACCUCCAGUUGACCAUCCAGGCCCUGCAGGAUGAGUUGAGGACUCAACGUGAUCUCAACCAUCUUCUCCAGCAGGAGAGCGGGUCGCGGGUCAGUGCUGGUGAGCACUUCACUGCCAUCGAGCUAACCGAGGAGAACUUCCGUCGACUCCAAGCCGAACACGACCGUCAGGCCAAAGAGCUCUUCCUCUUGAGGAAGACACUGGAAGAGAUGGAGCUGAGGAUUGAGACGCAGAAACAGACGCUAGGAGCCAGAGACGAGUCCAUAAAGAAGCUGUUGGAGAUGCUGCAGAGUAAAGGACUUCCCCCAGCCUCAGGAAGAGCGUCAGAUGAGGAAGAGCAAGAGCGAGCCAGGCGUAUCGCAGAGGCUGAAGCACAGCUGGGACACCUGGAGGUGAUAUUAGACCAGAAAGAGAAGGAAAACAUCCACCUGAGAGAGGAGCUUCAUCGGAGAAACCAGCUUCACCCAGACCCUGGAAAAACUAAAGCUCUUCAGACUAUCAUAGAGAUGAAGGACACCAAAAUCGCAUCCCUGGAACGCAACAUUCGAGACCUGGAGGAUGAGAUACAGAUGUUAAAGGCGAAUGGAUUGUUGAACACGGAGGAUCGAGAGGAGGAGAUCAAACAGAUGGAGGUCUACAAAAACCACUCCAAGUUCAUGAAGACCAAGAUUGACCAGCUCAAGCAGGAGCUCUCAAAAAAAGAGUCUGAGCUUUUAGCUCUGCAAACAAAACUGGAAACUCUAAAUAAUCAGAAUUCAGACUGCAAACAGCAUAUUGAAGUGCUCAAAGAGUCCCUCACUGCCAAAGAGCAACGCGCUGCCAUCCUACAAACAGAGGUGGACGCUCUUAGAUUGCGUCUGGAGGAGAAGGAAUCUUUCCUUAAUAAGAAGACGAAGCAACUGCAAGACUUGACAGAGGAGAAGGGAACACUGGCCGGGGAGAUCAGAGACAUGAAAGACAUGCUGGAAGUCAAAGAACGCAAGAUAAACGUCCUGCAGAAGAAGAUUGAGAACCUUCAGGAGCAGCUGAGGGAUAAAAAUAAACAGCUCGGGAAUCUAAAGGACAGAGUGAAGUCUCUCCAGACGGACUCCAGCAACACUGAUACUGCCCUCGCCACGCUAGAGGAAGCCCUGUCUGAGAAGGAGCGAAUUAUCGAGCGCCUCAAAGAGCAAAGGGAGAGGGAAGACCGAGAGAGACUGGAGGAGGUGGACUCAUAUAAAAGAGAGAAUAAAGACCUAAAAGAGAAGGUGAACUCUUUGCAAGUGGAGCUAACAGAUAAAGAGUCGAGCCUCAUAGAUUUAAAAGAGCACGCCUCCUCACUGGCCUCGUCAGGUCUCAAGAAAGACUCCAAACUCAAGUCCCUUGAGAUCGCAAUCGAGCAAAAGAAAGAGGAAUGCAGUAAACUGGAGACACAGCUGCAGAAGCAAGCAGAGCAGCUGUUCAGUCAAAUGAACAAUCCCAAGGCUCAUGAUAUGGAGGUGCAGCAAAGCUCACGUGGGAACCCUGAGUAUGUGGACCGGGUCAAGCUUCUAGAAAAAGAGGUGUCCUUCUACAAAGAGGAGUCCAGCAAAGCCCAGACCGAGGUCGAGAGGUUAUUGGAGAUUCUGAGAGAGGUGGACACAGAGAAAAAUGACAAGGAUAAGAAGAUCGCAGAACUGGAAAGUCUUGCUCCUAGGCAAACCAAGGAUCAAAAUAAAAAGGGCCCAGGCAUCAAGCUUGGUCCUCAGAUGGACAAGAAAGGCCCUGGGAAUAUCUUGCAAGACCAACGGAAGGAUAAUCCAAUGGACAACCCAAAGAUGGAGGAGUUAUUGAAUGUUUUGGAGAAGACGAGGCAGGAGUUGGAAGCCACUAAGCAGCGUCUGUCCUCCACCCAACAGUCUCUGACUGAGAGAGACGGCCAUCUGACCAACCUCCGACAGGAGCGCAGAAAACAGCUCGAGGAGAUCUUGGAGAUGAAACAACAGGCUCUGCUCGCUGCUAUCAGUGAGAAGGAUGCUAACAUCGCUUUGCUGGAGCUGUCCUCCUCCAAUAAGAAGAAGACACAAGAGGAAGUGUUGGCCCUGAAAAGAGAGAAGGACAGACUAAUGCAUCAGCUCAAACAACAGACACAGAGCAGGAUGAAACUUAUCGCUGACAACUACGAGGAUGACCAUUACCACCCUCACGCUCCACCUCCCCACAUGCAACCUCAACCCCUUCAUCCUCAACCCCAGCCCCAGCCGUCAUACCCACAGCCCCAACACCCCCACCAGCCUCCUUACCCACACGCGCCCCAUCCCCAACACCCACAGCCUCCACCCCACCACCCGCAGCAGCCGCCCCAGCCUCAAUACCCCCACCCACAACACCCACAACACCCCCAGCACCCGCAACCGCCCGGCCCACACCAGCACCCACCUAGACCUCAGCCACCCCACCCUCAACACCCUCAUCCCGGGGUCCAUCCGCAGCAGCACCCCCACGGCCCUCCGCCUCAGCAGGGCCCCCAUCAUCAGCCCAUGCCACACCCGCAGCAGCACCCCCAUCACCCCCCGCACCCUGGCCCACAGGGCCCACACCCUCGACACCCUCCACCACACCAUCGGGGUCCAGGCCGUGGACCGCCGCAUCCCGGACACCGACCCACUCCAGACCAGGAUGAUGAAGAAGGAAUUUGGGCAUAACUAUUUCCAAACCAAAGCUAUGAUGUUGUUUUGUGGGGCAAUUCAGUCACUAAAGGAGGAGCACAGCCAUGCCAUACAGAUGAAAUUCUACAUUGUUCACUUGGCCAGUCUUUACCUACAAUCAGAUUCAUUCUUUUGGAUGGGGCCCCAUUUUUUUCCAUGCAUUAAGGAAAGAGGCGGAGCAUUAGUUUGAGUGGGAGGGCCAAAGCUGGAGAUGACCACCUGAGCAGAUGAUUAAAAAAAAAUGGAGAGGAAGUCUUGACUGAUCAGAAACACAGUUACUUCCUGGUGCAGUCCUUUUUCUAAAGACAUUUGCCUUGAAGACUCUCCAUGCUCAGUCAACACUAGAUGAGACACUGCAGCUGCUCCUAGUUGCCUGGUUUUCACUUGAGACCGGUGCAUCCAGCUGGACCCGCCCCUUCUCAUCACUGCCUCGCCCACUCUCAUCUAGCUCCACCUCUUCAAUGAAGCAACAUGUCAGCCUGCACCCAUUCAAGCCUUGAUUCUGUCAUUUCUCUGCUUUUUUAUGUAAUCCAUUGUAAAAUAAUACCAUCCUAAUUUCAUUUUGAACCAUUUUUUACGAUCACGUCUGCAUUCGCAAGUCUGCCAACUGUUGCCUGCCUUCAAUUCUUUAGGUUUUAUUAUAUGUGCUACUGUAUACAUUUAUGUACUUAGGUUUGAGUAUGCACUAUGAUAAGCAUUUAAGUCACCAUUUUUGGUUUUUAGUGUAUAUUGGACCUUAGGGAGUUAGUAUACCUCAGAGGUAGUCUACUCUAUGUAGAGUUAAUUUCGUCUCACCGAUUAUAACGCACAUAACAUACACCAUGCUAACCAGAAUUGGCCCUUUAUUUUUUGCUUGUGCUCCACUCAAAACACCAAGCCUGGUCUGCAUGUAAGCUCUCAUGCACCUAUGCACCUCCACCCCUUACAACAGGGAACAUUUCUAAUGGUGCUUCAACUGGUGCUCAGGCCCAAAAGAGAUGGAGACAGCCAUGGCUAAACUAUUUCGGACAUCAGCUGAUCUAUAACACUCCAUGAAUCCAUGGCGGCAAGUUUUUCGGAAUAUAACUGAGAUGUUUUCCCAAUCUACUGCUGCAGGUCGUAGCAUUGAUGAAUUCAUCAAGAUGUCUGUUGACAAGGCCAGUCCAACCUGCGUGUCCCAUAAAGGGAAUGUCCUUCUCCUUUAACGAACCGCCCCACCAGGUACCGGCGGAGCUACCGCCAAAUUCUUGUAACGUCUCAACAUGGUGGCGAGUGCCUAUUUAUAAAUAG